CGUCCUGCUGUCGCUAUGAGCUGUGGCACUAAAUCUUCGAUCAGAAUUAGUAGUAGUGGUGGUGGUGGUGGUGGUGGUGGUGGUGGAUGUAGCAGUGGAGGUGGUGGAGGUGGUAGCAGCUGUGGAAUACGUAAGUCUGGUGGAUACUCCUCAGUGUCCACUAGAAAAUACACCUCUUCUGGAGGAGGUGGAGGCUUUUCUGGAAGAAGCUUUGGUGGAGGAGCUUCCAGGAGCAGCUAUGGAGGGGGCUUUAGCAGUGGCAGUUGUGGAAGGAUCAGCCGCUGCAGCUAUGGUGGGAGAAUGAGUGGUGGUAGUUAUGGAGGAGGAUUUGGAUCAGGUGGGGGUAGUUUUGGUGGAAUGGGAGGUGGUUAUGGAUCUGGCUUAGGUGGAGGUAGUUUUGGUGGUGGUGGAUAUAGUGGAGGUGGAUUUAGUGGAGGUGGAUUUAGUGGCUUCGGGGGUAGUGGUGGCUUUAGUGGUGGCAGCUUUGGUGGUGGUGGUGGCUAUGGUGGAGGUGGUUUUGGUGGAAUGGGGUUUGGUGAAGAAUCUGGCUUGCUCUCCACAAAUGAGAAGCUGACCAUGCAGAACCUUAACGAUCGCCUGGCUUCCUAUUUGGAUAAAGUGCGACGCUUGGAGGAUGAAAAUGCUCACCUUGAACAAAUGAUCAGGGAGUGGUACAGAAAUCACGGUCCCACUGGUGGCAGGGACUACAGCCAAUAUUACAGGACCAUUGAAGAACUGCAAAACCAGAUUGUUGGUGCAAAUGUGGACCUGAACAAGGUCCUCCUUGACAUUGACAACACCCGAAUGACUGUGGAUGACUUCAGACUGAAGUAUGAAACGGAAUACACUCUCCACCAGAGUGUGGCAAGUGAUAUCAAUGGAUUACGUCCACUUUUGGAUCAACUGACUCUAGCCAGGUCUGACUUAGAGACGCAGUUUGAAUCCUUGAAAGAGGAACUGGUCUUUCUUAGGAAGAACCAUGAAGAGGAAAUCAGAGGACUGCAAACACAAUCCAGUGGUGAUGUCAAUGUGGAGGUCAAUGCUACUCCUGGCAUUAAUUUGAUGGAAAAAUUAAAUGAAAUGCGUUGUGAAUACGAGCGGCUUAUUGAGAACAACCGGAGAGAGGUGGAGAGCUGGUAUGAAACCAAGAUGGAAGAAGUUAAUCAGCAGGUCCACUCAAGUGGACAGGAGAUCCAGUCAAGCAACCAACAGAUCUCUGAGCUGAGACGUGAAUAUCAAAGCCUGGAGAUUGAGCUGCAGGCGCAAAUCAGCAUGAUAGACUCUUUGCAAUCCAACUUGGAAGACACGGAACGUCGCUACAACAUGCAGCUGCAGCAGAUCCAGUCCAUGAUCAGCCCCUUGGAGGAAGAGCUGGCCAGCAUCCGCUGCGAGAUGGAGGGCCAGAACGAAGAGUACAAGAUGCUCCUGGGCAUCAAGACCCGCCUGGAACAGGAGAUCGCUCAAUACCGGGCUCUGCUUGAGGAAGGGCAGCAUGACCUCACAAUCCCAGCAGGAGGAGUGGGAGGAGGAAUGGGAGGAGGAAUGGGAGGUGGUAGAAUGGGAGGUGGUGGCUACUCUUCUGGAGGAAGCAGAGGAGGAGGAGGUGGUAGCAUGAGUGGUGGAUAUGGAGGUGGUAGCAUUUCCUCUGGAGGCGGAAUGGGAGGAGGAAUGGGAGGAGGAAGUGGUGGAGGAGGAAUGGGAGGGGGAAGUGGUGGAGGAGGAAUGGGAGGAGGAAGUGGAGGAAUAGGAGGGGGAAGCGGAGGUGGAUGCAGCAGCAUUGGAGGAGGAAGGAUGUCAGGAAUAUCAGGAGGACACAGCAGUUCCCACUCCUACUCUUCAUCAUCCCAGUCCCAGUCCUGCAGAACCGGUGGUGAAAGCCAAGAGUACGGAAGAAAGACUUUUGACUAAGACUUGAGGAUCCUACAGUACAAGACCUUUCAAACAGAUAUUGGCCCAGAGGCUCUGCUUUCCCCGUGCUACCAAGGAAAGGCAGUUGCUCUUAACAGUUCUUCAAAGUUGCUGAUGCCAUCUAUGCAAAACGGAUCAUGAGAGCUACUCUGAUGGGCUGUCUGCCCACCUGCCAAGCAUGCUGUGCGCUGCUUCUGCCUGGAAUGCUUUCUGGCUUCGAUCACUGGCACCUAAGCUCCUUGCUUUACAGAUUCAACCUCUUUGUUACCCGGGUUGUUCUGCAUUGGGAAAAUGUCGCUAAUAAAAUUUCAUUUCUGUCUGAUGCAACCGGAA